AUGAUUUCCUUCUCGGACUUCACAUCAGCGUUGCAGAAGAUAACAGCACACGAGUAUGGCUGGAAGUACAUUGUUGCCGUUGCAACAGUCAUUGCCACGGUCCUGAUAUCGUGCAACUGGACCUACCUCAACACCGGGUACCGCGGGCCCGGGUGUCCUCAAAUCUAUAAACCACGAGCGGAAAGCCCUACCCGCGGGCGAGAUUGUAUCCACCUACACUGGACCUUUCCCAACGAUGGUACGUUGGACUUUCGCGAGAAAUUCUAUUUCGAUGGCAAUGACCCUGACAGUCUGCGGAAGGAGUUGGGGAGAUAUGGAAUGGCUGGAAUCAUUGUCUUACCAACGUUACACGGAUAUAUACUCGGGCAUGGGAAGCUUCUUCUCGUCGAUGAUGGAAUUACGACACGAGAUCUUAUUUGGCCUUCCUCCGCCCGUACUUUUUUUUUGGCCGUGUAUCCCGAAGACGCAUUCCAAGCGAUGAUUUCAGUCGGCUCCCCGUUAUUAGAGACGUUAGCGAACCCAGGUCCUACCUGGGCAAACCCGAAAGAUAUUCGUGAUUUCGAGGAGAUGGUCUGGACAAUGCGCCAGUCCUUCGGGAAGUCCAGGGGAAGGAGCAAGGCCACUUGA